AUGCCUGUACCACCACCAGCCCCAGGGUGUCAGACGGGGGACUGUACUGUUUCUUUGACUAGAGAAUUCAAAAAGAUGAAGCCACCAGUGUUCCAUGGUGGAAUUGAACCGUUGAAGGCCGAAGCUUGGGUUUUAGGGAUUGAGAAGUUGUUUAAAGUAUUCCUAUGUACCGACGCUCAAAGGAUACAACUAGCUGCAUUCACAUUAGAAGAUGAUGCAAGGUGUUGGUGGAUGUUGGUUCGAGAUGAGAAUAAGGAUGUUGCUUGGGCUUGUUUUCUAGAGAUCUUUACGAGAAAUACUUCCCGCAAUGUGUAUGGGGACAGAAAAGUGUCUGAAUUCAUGGAACUCAAACAGGGAAACAAAUCAGUAGCUAAGUAUGAAACUCAGCUUACAGAGUUAGCCCACUUCACACCUCACAUGGUAGAUACGGACUACAAGAAAGCUAGACAAUUUGAGGGAGGUUUGCGUGACCCAAUCCUAGACAGAGUCAAUGUACUUAAAUUACCAACAUAUGUGGAUUUGCUUGAUAGGGCACUAAUAGCAGAGGGAAAUGUGGCCAACCGUAAACAGAAUUUUGAAUGGAAGGGCAGGAGGCAAAACUUUAAUAAGGGGAAAACAUUAACAAAAAAGAAGUUGAAGUCUGGGAAUUCCAACAAUAUACCAGUGGUGAGAGAUUUUCCCGAUGUGUUUCCGGAUGAAUUAUCUGGCCAACUUGUUAAUAGAGAGAUUAAGUUUACAAUUGAUGUAAUACCAGGCACACAACCUAUUUCUAAAACUUUCUACCUUAUGUCCAUUAUUGAAAUGAAAGAAUUGAAGACUCAGUUGCAGGAAUUGCUUGAGAAGUGA